AUGGCUGAUGGUCAAGCGUCAACUCCCCAGCAGGGCCUGGCCUCUGCCCAAGCUCCCCUCCAGUUCCAGAAGGUCUCGGAUAUCAUUCGAUCUUUCCGCCCUAUGAAGGGUUUCAACACUACCAAGAAAGAAGUCGGGAACAAAUUCGUUACAUCUUUGGAUUUCGACGACCAGGGCGAGCAUCUAGUCAGUGCUGGCGAUGAUGAGGCUAUACACCUCUUUGAUAUUAAAGAAGGCAAGCAUAGCAAAACGGUGGCCAGCAAGAAAUAUGGCGUUCACCUCGCGAGAUUUACCCAUCAUUCUCGCCAGAUCCUUCAUGCGAGUACUAAAGUUGAUGACUCUCUUCGGUUGCUUGAUACACAUAAUGAGGGGUAUAUUCGCUAUUUCGCUGGACAUACCGACAAAGUCACCUCCCUCAGUCUUUGUCCAGGCAGUGACGCUUUCAUAUCUUGCUCCAAAGAUGAUACAGUGGUGAUCUGGGAUCUCAAUUCUCGAAACCCCCAGGGCAAAUUGAAAUUGGCGACUCCAUACUUAUCAGCUUUUGACCCUUCAGCCUCGGUCAUUGCAAUUGCCUCCCAAUCCACGUCUUCAGUAAUUCUUUACGAUUUCCGCAACUUCGACAAAGCCCCCUUUGCCACCUUUGACCUUGGGCCCUUUGAAGAGAAAUUUACACCGACGACUCGCGGACGAGGCUGGACCAGAUUGGAGUUUUCGAAUGAUGGAAAAUUCUUGAUGCUUGGAACGGACUUCCAUGGUCACUAUAUCCUCGAUGCCUUUUCUGGUGAGAUCAAGAGCUUCCUGAUCGGCAAGAGUGGAUCUUCUGGUCGUGCUGCACCAAUUUCAGUUUCCGGAAAACCACUCGGCCAGGGAGAUGCAUGCUUCACUCCUGACGGGCGCUAUGUCGUUGGGUGCAAUGGCGAACAUGGCGACCUGCUUGUGUGGGACAUGCAGCAGCCAGCCGAGCCAAAUGGAACAUUGGAGCCCACUACCAAGCUGCCAUACCGACACAGAGCCAGCCUUAUUGAAUUCAACCCGCGAUACAACAUGCUUGCUUCUGCCGACAAGGAAGUCAUUUUCUGGGCACCCGCAGAAUCAGAGAAGUAA